GGCCUGCCUCAAAUGGAACAUUUCCGGUUUGAACUUCUCAAGAUGCUGAAAAGAAGCACUGAUCCAAAGUGGAGGAUCAUAGCCUACAGUCUGCCCUGCUGCUGUCUGCGGGACCCGUACCUCAUGCCGGACAUCGACCAGAGUUCGUUGACCCAGUCGACCCGUGACCUGAGCAGCAGGUCGGCCAGCACCAUCUCCAUCAACCUGCCGCAGCACCUGCAGCUGUACCCACCCGGCAGGAUGAUCCACGUGGUCAGGAACCACCCCAGGGAGAAAUGGUGUGGAAAGAUGAAGCCCCGCUAUCAGGCUCUGUGGGUGAAGAACGAGGACUUCUCAGAGAUCCUGGUGUCACCUGCCAUGAUGGCAGACCACUUCCCCGACCAGGUCAUGCAUGCACUGGAGGAGGUGCUGCGCAAUACAGACUAUGGCUUAGAAGACCAGUUUGAGACGUCCAACAAGAACAAGUUGAAGAUGGACGACUCAGUACAGAUCAGGUACAGCCACGAGACCCUGAGUCACACCAGUGAGGAGGACCUGUUAGACUGCGCCUGUCCCAGGGUGGAGUCCAGCCUCAGCUGGGAGUACAACUCACGGGAUGAACUGGUGGCAGGUACACCUUCUAUUAAGGAGAACAAGUCCAGGACCAGUCUGAUCACCAAGUCUGCCCAGACCCUGGACCCCACCGACCCAGACUGGCAGUCCUCCGCACCGCUCGCCGAGUCCGAGAGCCUCUCCGAGUCCGACUCUGUCUACUCCAUCGAGGAAUCGAGUAAAGCCCUCAGCAUCGGCACCAUACAGACUCUACAGUCCACCCCUGAUAGCACAAUCCUCAAGUCAGACCCUGGGUACUGUUAUUAUGUAAGUACGGGAGUGUCGAACGAACUUCUCAACGCGAGCGGUUUUCCGAGUGAGGAGUCAACGCCGCACAAGAACCAGAUGACGACAACGGCAACGAUAGAAAAAAUUCCUUCGCACACGUCGAGCGCAAAACAGCUGUAUAAUGGAGUAAGUGACGGAAGUCCUGGCGAAAAGUGGAACGGACGGCCGGCGUCCGAAGAACUGUUGAGCGAAAAGGCGUUACGCACGAAACUCCCUCCGCAACCAAAGUCCUUCACAGCAUUACCAAAUGUGUAUAACUCGCCAUCGUUUAGCGAACACUACCGGCUCACGCAUGUGGACGACGUAAACACCACAAACCCGCCGCGCCGCCACAAGGCGUCCAAGUUGAAAACGCGGCACCUCUCGGAGCCGAUUCCCGAGAGGGCAAAGUACGAACCCAACCUCAUUCCAAAGCCGCCGAGACUCUACGCUAACAGAAGGGGCACUUCGCCGGGAAGCGCGAGGGGGAUAGAAAUGAAGGAAUUCCACAGAUCGCAGGAUUCGGGUAGUAUCGAUAAUGGAGAGGAUUCCGACAGUAUCCCGCUAACAAAGGCUGAUGCCCAGUCUGUAGAUUCCGCAGUUCCCAUAGAGACAGAUGUAUGACCUUUGUAUAGAUGCUACUUGUAACAACAUGUCUUGUUCUUGUUAUGUAGAUUACACAACAGCGAGACCCAAUCAACUUCCGGCACAAGUCACUAAGGCUAAUAGUGGUCAUGUAGGCAAAUAUAACUUGAACUCAACAUGUUUGUAGUAACAACAACGGAAAAAUUAACAAGUCCAGCUAAAAUGAAAGGUGAGCAUCGUAACCUUAUUUUGUCCCUCAACAACAACGUAACAACAAGUACAUGCAUCUAUUGGCAAAUGACUUCAGUGUCAUCUAACACUGCAAACAUACAUGUACAUGAAGUAGACAUUAUACACAUGUGCUACAGGCUUAAUUCAUUGGUGAUGUUAACUGCAUUAUUGUACUAAAUUGUAUCACUAUGAGUGAUUUAUUUUGUUAAUGAAGGACAACUAACUGCUUUUGCUUCUGAUAAUAUCUGUGGCUGUUGAUGAAGAACAUUCUACUUAUUUUUUUUCAUGUGAAAACAUCAAGUAGAACUGUAGUGACCAUAGUGUUUUUACUAGAGGUUGUUAAAAGAUGCAAAAGAGUAACACAACAAUACACUAGCUUUGACUUUGUGUAGGAAUGUGGAAAGUAUGGACAUUACUCAAACUCAUACCGAAUUAGAGGUAUGUUGAGUUGAAACUGAUAUACAUUUAAAAAAAUACUAUGUAGUUCAGGCUGAAUAAUAGGCUAGUAAAAUGGUCCUUUUGAAUUGACAUGUAUACACUGUGGAACGAACUCAUUCAUUUUGGCAACCAUAUCGAUGGCAACAAAAGUCUAGGCAAAAGUUUUAGAAACUGACUGUUCACAUCAAGUGCACAUGCAACUGACAAUAGAAUGAUAACUUAACUGUACUUAACACAAGACUAUAACAUUGUAACUGUAUUGUAUAUAGGAAAUUGCCAAACCACUGAAACAUAAUGUACAUGUAUGUGCAUGCAUGCCAAAUGUUCUCCACCAAAAAAAGAAAACAAAAAAGUGUGUUUUUUUUUGCUGAGAAAGACAAUUGUGGUUUUACAUGGACAUUGCUCUUAAAUGUUAGCCAUCUACAAUGUACAUGUAUAGUGUCACUGAAUGCCAAGUCAAUAAUUAGGAAAAGUAUUUUUUGUACCGUGAGUUCCUACAGUGUAGCUUAUACAUAUGUUGUGGUUUAUUUUGAAUCCUCUUUUUUUUUUGUCUCAGGAGCCACAAUUGUGGUUAAUACUUUAAAUUGUACUAACCUGACUAUGAAAGUUUGACUAUCAUACAGGCAUCAUGUGACACAUUGCAAAACAGCAAGUUUUUGAUUGUC